UUGCGCAUUUUGGAGGCACUAAUGACUCUGACGUAUUCUGUUCAUGGAAGAACAACACGCACUUCCUUGUCAAGUCGAGGCCGAUCUCUUUGGUCGAGACAAAAGUAUGGACGACAAAAAGUCUAAGAUAUUGAAUUUGCAUUUGCAUUACGAAGAGGGACCCCAAAAUACUAAGAAAGACAUCAAAAUCAAAACAGAGUUUUCUCGAAGAUGGGAAGAUAUUGUGCAAGGCUUCAAGAACACACUCAAUAUAUCAAGUGAUGAGCUGUGGGCAUUCCAAUAUUUUGAUGAUGAAGGAAACUGUGUUAUGGGCAAAAGUGAAUAUGAGUGGAGAGCUGCAUUAGAGAUGGCAGAUGUUGAUGCGAAACCCGGCAGAAGCAUACAUGUGGAAGCCAUUCCUUUAGGGGAGGUGAAGUGGAACAAUGAAUGUGGAGGCUCUGCAAAAUCUGAGGCUGUAGCUGGUAAAUGUUGCCCUGCAAAAGAGAGCUUGUGCUGCAAAGAGAAGGGUGAAGGCUUGGAUUGUCAGUUUCCUUGCAAAAGGCCAAUCCAAGAGCUGAAUUUUGACUUGAAUCGAGAGGCUCCAACCAGGAUACAAAAUAAGACUCAAAGUGAAUAUAAAUACACCGGAGAGGCGUUGCGAGCUGUUGCUUUGCCACUUGGACCAAUAGGGCAGGGAAGCAUUUCCAUUGCUGGCGACGGUGGCUUAAGACAGUGGCAGAUCAAUAACAAAAUAUCCCAUGAUGCUCACGUUCCAGAUUCUUUUUUUGCUAUAAGGGUGGAUACAAAUGGUACAUCCAAGUCGAUUGUGUUGCAAUCAUCAGCAUUAUACGACGAUUCAAAGUUCCAGCCAGCGCCGUACAUAAGUGAUCACUAUGUUCCUCCAGCAUCGAAACAGCUGUUAACCGACCUUCCUGGUGUCAAAACUAUCGAAGUUACAGCAAAGUUUCCAGUUGUUCAUGUGGACUACACAAGUGAUGAAGUGCCUCUCAAAGUUGAAAUGGAUGCAUGGAGCCCAAAAAUUCCUCUAGAUGCCAAAAACAGCGGCAUUCCGGUGAUCGUAUUUAAUUUCACGGUCACAAACAAAACGGGACAUGAUGCCACGGUGUCGCUGCUGGGAACAUUACAGAACAUUGCUGGAUGGAACUGUUACGACAAUAUUACAAAUGAAGUCGAUGCCAAUGGAUAUGGGGGAAACGUAAACUCGCUCUACACUACCAAGUCUUUGUUUGGAAUUGAUAUGAGCAACCCGUCUUUGGCUUCAAAUCAUGCGUUCAACGGCCAUGUUGCUUGCGCAUUCCUGAAGCAAGACAGUGACAAAUUGAGUACGAUGCUGCAGUUCAACUCAGCUAAAGAUUUGUGGAAGUAUUUCACUGGGGAUGGCCUGCCAGGCCAAGGCUUCGCUGGUCCAUCCAAGACUGGGAGCACUUGGAAUGGAGCCAUUGCUUGUGAAAGAACGGUUAAAUCAGGGACAUCUACGGUAUUUACCUACAUGCUGGCUUGGCAUUUUCCGAACAGAUAUAGAGACUGGAAACUAUAUACAAGCAUACCGAACACACCCCUGUAUGUUGGAAAUAAGUAUAACAAAUUCUGGACAAGCGUGGCACAGGUUCUUGAUUACACGGCACAGAACUUCUCCAACCUUCAAAUGUACACUGUGCGAUUCAGAGAUGCAAUGUUCAACACUACAACGGCUUGGCAGAUUAUCGACAGUGCUGCCAACAGAAUUGGUCUUCUUAACUCUCCUACUUGCUUUUGGGCUGAAGAUGGCUACUUUUAUGCUUUUGAGGGAUGCAGCAAAGGUGGAGGUUGCUGUCCUCUCAAUUGCACCCAUGUUUGGAAUUAUGAACAGUGUCUUGCUAGGUUGUAUCCUGAACUCGAAAGAUCAAUGCGAGAGAUAGAUCUGUUCCACCAGAUCAACCCAUACGGGGUGAUUCCCAGUCGUACCUCAUGUCCUUUGGAACUGCAAAGGGUAUGGCAACUUUGGGAUAAUUACACGACUAACCAAAACGACACCAACAUUUGCGUCGAUGGCGAGAUUGGAACUGUUCUGAAGGCCUAUAGAGAGGUAAAAAUCGGUGCACCAAAGAAAUGGUUUGAUAGUAUUUGGGGGCCUGUGAAAAAGAUAAUGAGCCGUUGGAUGAAUGAAUUGGAUAGCAAAGGAGAUGGCCUAAUCACAGUUGCCCAGCCAAAUACCUACGACACCUCAACAUAUGGUGUAACUACAUUCAUCGGUGCAUACUAUCUUUGUGCAUUAAGAGCAACAGAAGAAAUGGCAAAGCUUCAGGGGGAUGCUGCUUUACAGAAGCUUUGCAGAGACAGAUUUGAGAUUGGAUCUAAAAAUCUUGAUAAGGAAUGUUUUGUAAAUGGCAAAUGGUACACACAGUGUGUAGAUCCCGCUCAUGAGGUGGAGCUGUUAUCAGACUCCUCUUUUAUGGACGCUCUUGUCGGUCAAUGGUGGGCCCAUUCGCUCGGGCUUGGCUAUUUGCUUCCAGCCGAACAUAUCAAAUCAAACUUACAGUACGCUGCGGCGCGCAACUUCGUCAAAAGUUUUGAUCCUGCCAAACAAUACCCAAGGAAAUUUGCAGAUCAACGUGACAGUGGCUAUUUCCUUGCUUUUUGGGAUGAAGGACCACCAAAGAACCAACUUCUUUACUCCAGUGAGUUUUGCUGGAGUGGUGUAUUGCAUGCAUUUGUUGGGCUGUGUUUCUAUGAAGGAUUGGAUACUAUUGGAAUCAAUGCUCUGACGUCAUUGCGACAAUGCUAUGAUGGGACACGUCGCAGCCCAUGGAACGAAAUUGAAUGUGGUGAUUACUAUGCUAGAGCAAUGGCUGCUUACCUCUACUUUGAAAUUGCAACAGGCCAGGAAUGGGAAUAUGUUACUGAAACAGCUGUAAAUGUGAAGUUUGCACCAAGGAUUACCCCCGAGGCAUUCAAAGGCUUCUUCAUUCUUGGCGCAGCUUGGGGCCAAUAUUCCCAGAUCAUGGAUUCCUCCAGAAAGAGCGGUGUUGCUAAGAUUCAAGUUCAGUAUGGAAGCCUUGAGUUAUCUGAGCUGCGACUGAAUUCUUCAACAACAUCGUGUCUGAUGACGCUUGAUGAAAAGGUUGUGUCAGAUUUCAAGAUCAUUUCAAAGGCAAAGGACGAAGUUUCUUUGCAGUUUCCAAAAACCCUUGCAAUUCAUGAUGGACAAUCACUCACAAUCAAUUUCCUUGGCUAAGGAUUUGGUUUGUUUACGAUUAUCAUAGAAUUGGAAAUAAUGAAACAUAACACAUUUAUCACUUUUAUAAGUUAAAUUAAAUUUUUGUCGCGGUAAUUUUUGACUUCAUAAUGUGUGAUUAAGUAGUAAGUCAUAAAUAUCUGUGGUAAGGCGUGGCUAAAAAAGUAACGUUUUUGCAAGGAAAAAGCUCUCACUGGCAAAAAGAGUAUGAAUGAUUUUCAGGUGAUAAGACCUUAAGCACUCGUAAAUAAUCUGCAAUUUUAAGCUGUUGCUGAAAGUUGCGUGUCAGCUGUUUGUUAACAAGGCAACGAUAGGAGAGCAGUAUAACUCACUUAAGGUUUUGUCAUCGCAACAGAGAUCUGAGCUUCCUAACCUUUUAUUGGCUGAGCAAAGAAUAUACAUACGGUCUUUAGCCAACAUGUCAAGCAAUUAGAUUUUACUGAAAUAUCGAAUCGCUUCUAAACGUGCAGAAAUUUAAUUAGUGCAACCAUCACAUUUGUUGACGAGUAUGAACAGGAAUUGAUUCGUUCUGAACAUGCAUAAAACGAUGGCGAGGCUGUUACUCCGAAUUUGUCAUCCUCCCACCUAGUCUAUGUCAUGUGCUGAAGAAGCUGACUCAAAGUUAUCCUUCUUGAAUACAAUUUAAAGAAAGAGUAUUUAGGAGAAAUGUUAUCUAGUGAGUGUAAACAGAAUCUUUUGUUAAAUAUUUUGUAAACAAUCACCUACCGUUGAGUUCUAGAUUUAUUAAAAUAUAUGUUAAAUCAAAUUUUGGAAUCAAUUAUUUGCAUUUAUCACAACCAUUGAUGGGGCGUUUC